UGCCCUUACAAGAAUCACUCUCUGCCUUUGACUCUGUCUAGAAACGCCGAAUCUAACCUUCUCUCAAACUCUAUCCAUCGACCAUCUUACCCCUAAGUCACUAUGACCGGCCACAUCCUCGACACUGUUAAAGAGGACCAUACCGAGAUCGAAGCCUGCUACGGUCGCAUCGUGAGCUCAUCGGAUCGACAGGAGAAGAUCAGAUUCCAGAACCUCUUCACCUGGGCUCUGGCCCGUAACACCGUCGGAAAAGAACUGGUCGUCUAUCCUGCAUAUGAGAAGCAUCUCUCGGCGGGGUCUAUGAUGGCGGAGAAACGCCGCAAGGAGAACCAUGUCGUGAAAGAACAUCUCAAGAAGUUCCAAACCUUGGAUCCCACCAACCCUAGCUUCAUCCCCACCAUCAGAGCUCUGAUGGAAGUUCUGAGUCCUCAGAUGAGGGAGGAAGAGAAUAACGACCUGGUGGACCUCGAACAGGUUCUGUCUGACCAUGACAGUAUCAGUCUUUCCAAGUCCUUAAAUCGGACCAAGAUCUUCAUGCCGUCGCGGGCGCAUCCCAGUGCUCCCAGUAAGCCACCGUUUGAGACGGUCGUCGGCCUCUUGACGGCCCCGAUUGAUCAGUUGGGCGAUUUGUUUCGAAAGUGGCCGCACGAGAAAGAUGUUCAGCGAUGAGUUGGAAAUCUCCUUAUUGGUCUUCUCUAUCUAAUCAUUAAUACAAUGUCACCUGUGUCUUUCACAUCCUAUUCUCUGAGCGUGAUGGAGAGACGACCUUAGCCAACCCUACUUCGAGCUCCAGAAGCUCCUCCCCUCCCUUAUCCAAGGAGGAGGAUACAGCGUCCGAAAACGCGACCGAAUGCCAAAGGAACUCGAAACUUGAACCAGGUGAAAGGCUGCCACAAUGCAGCCUUGCGCACCAGGAUCGCUUGGCGGGCAGCAUCAAGGUUGUCGUUGAGGUCGCAUCGGAGCUCCUGGUCGUUGAAAGGAGGGUAAUGGAGACACACUUCAACUAGUGCUGGUUGUGGAGAAGAUUGACGAUGGAUGGAGCUGUAGCAUGUUUGAUAGGUGCCAGAAGCCGGGAAUCAACACCAGGAUUGGUAGGUUGGCCAUACUGAAGGUUCUGU